AGUUUUGCCUCAAUAAAAUCAGCUGUGGAUUACUGAGUAGAAAUUAAUGGUAUAUUUUUAGUAGCGUCAAAAAUGCAAAAUAUUGAUACAUUUUACUCAUUGGGAGGUUGUCAGUUCCACUGCCUUUACACUUCCGCCCAGGCAUUUUGCGGCACAUGGUCAUGUUCAUCGUGCGUCUGCCACACUUCACUUCGAGACUGCCAGUUUACCAAAGGUGCAUGAAGAAUCGUGGAGUAUUAUCAAAGAUCCAGGAUGAGUUUCACAGAAUCACGAUGGUGCACCUGGAAUCGAAGUUCAUAUCCAAACUGGAUGAAUAUACUCCUGGCCUUCGGAAACUGUUCCACUCCAAGGGAGGAACCAUGCGGCUGAAGUUGAAAGCUGUCCUUAUCCAGACUCCAAGCAAUCCCAACAUCAACAUCACAAGAGAGGUUGUCAUUUGCUGUCUGAUGAUUUACCUUGGGGAACGUACUGAUCAGCUCUUAAAAGAGUAUGAUGAUGCAGACAGCGCAUCACAGGACCUUGCUGUUCAAGGGAUGGCGAUCUACAGCAUCAAGACAAAUGCUUCAGAGGGUUCCCAUGACAUCGGCAUUGUUGUAGAGGGCAUCCGAGUGCUGACUUCUCAGGGGACCAUUCUAAGGGCUUGCUGCAUGCUCAUUGGGAUUGCAUAUGCAGUCAAUCUUGCCUAUCCCAAGCAGCUAAACUACACGUUCGAAGCCUUCCACAAACUCUUUCUGGAACUGGACUGUUCAAAGCUGUUUGUUUAUAUUGUCAUUAAAGUGGACCUAUGA